ACUCCUCCUUCUUGGAACACACGAGCCCCUUCUGUUUUUAAGCACGGCAACUCAUACCAUCCAUGAGAAGAGCGUCGGGUAGCUGAGUCGAGAGGCACCGCGAGGACGGAUCGUCACCGGAGAUUUUCACAACGCGAGAUUUUGCGCAACCCAUAAGAAGGACAUCAUCAUCAGUUCUGAGUGACCACAAGACAGUGUGAUAGGCACACAUAUAUUCAGAUCACGUCUCUACUUACUGGUGUAUGAUAUCUGACCAUGAAUACUUCUCGCUUGCCAGCAUCUCUUUGUUUGCAGCUUGAGCCGCAGCAGUAGUUACUGCAGUUACUCGCCUUCUAGGAAACCAGGACACAACAAGCGGGGAGAUGUCAACUCUUCAAAUGUUAGAGAAACUUUACCAGGAUAAGGUUAAUUUUAGUAACUGUGAGCUUGACGCUUACAAAUUAAAGGCAGAAGAUGUGGUCAGCACUCUCCUGAACGUGGUCCAGAAGUAUGUGCAAGAAGGAGACCCCAAGAUUAGUCAGGAGCCCAUUGGUACUGGCAGUGCUUUUGAAGGUGUGAAGGUCAAGCCAGAGGUAGAGUUUGACUUCUUGGUCCCCAUUCAGACAGAAUUUCACAGAAUUAUCUUUUCAGAUGAGGAUCAUAAUGUUCCAGUGUGCUUUGGACUCAUUCAGAUUGAACAGCCAGCAAUGAUGAUCCCUCAAAGUGCAAAAAUAUGGAGAAUUGGUACUAUAGACUUCAAAGAGAAAUUCUGUGUUCAGUUUGGAAGAUAUGGCUAUGUGUUGUCUACUGAACAGAUUCAGCGGUGGUUUCAGUCCAUGUGUGCUAAAACUGAAAAAGAGCUUGAGAGGCACUUCCCUGGAAUUAACUUCAACUUUCGGACAAGUGGCCCUGCAAGGACACUUGUCUUUGAAUGGAAUAACAAAGAGGUGAAUAUUGACCUAGUGCCUGCUGUUAAAUAUGAAGAUACCUACCUUGUGGCAAAAAUGACCUCACAUCUUGGGGAGAAGGCAUGGAGGCUUUCCUUUUCCACCCAUGAGAAGGCUUUCUUUCAAAGUCUGUCACCCAACUACUGUUACUUUAAGUGUCUGAAGAUCCUAAAAUACCUGAGAGAGAAUGAUAAGAAAAUACAUCCCACCUCCCACCUGAGCUCCAGCUGUCCUUCUUACUACCUGAAGACGGCAUUUGUCCACCAGGUACGGCAAAAUGACAAAAGCUUCUGGAAGAAUGAGGACCUGGAGGACCAAGUAAAGAAACUCCUCUGGUAUCUGGCUGAGUGUAUGGGGCAAGGGCACCUCCAGCACAUGUAUAAGCAUAACACAAAUUUACUGAAAAAGGUGAGUCCAACAACUUUGGAACAGAUCAAGUUGAGGCUGCUUGACAUCCAUAAGAACUUUGAAUCAGUCCUGCAGUAUCACUUGCAAUAUUAAAACCUUAAAGAACAAAAGAACCUCCACGUCUGUGACAGGACUACAGUAGAUAUUACAUUUCCUAAGGUCAUAAUAGUGAACAGGAUUACAACAACCAAAUCUCUACAAAUGGAUACAGAGAACCAGCCACAAUGCUAGUCUGGUCAAAAUUGGUCCUUCAAGCUGACUUGUUUAAACAGUGUGUGACCAUAAAAAAUGUUGAGUAUAUUAUUGCCAUUGUGGGCUCAUCAAACAUUCCCCCAUUGUAUGGAGUUCUGUAAAGAGCAGUGAAGAUUAUUCAGUAAUGAAGAAUAUUCAAUAUGUCACUAUAGUCUGUAUUUUUUGAGCUUUCCACUUGUAUAAUUAACCUGCUUAUAACAUAUUAUUCUUUUACAUACCAUAUACAUAUAGUAUAUAUCUGUUUUAUGUCAUUUGUAUUAUGUGCUCCUGGAUUUCAUUCUGAUUCCUGUGCUUAUAUACAUUUAUGAGGAAGUCUUUCUUUGGCACUGUCUGCUUUGAAGCUAUUGGUUUUGCAGAGAAUUCCAGAAAACGGGUGGCAAAAAAUAAUAGUUAGAAACUGAUUGUUUAAUUGUACGAAGAAAAAUCUAUCCGAAAGUUACAAAAAGUGCUACCACACCCUGAUAUUUUAAUUUCCCACAACCAAUGGGCCCUGAGCAUGCUGCUUAACCCUUGGAGUUUUGAAUUACUGCUGUCCAUAACUAUCCACCGUCUGUACACUCCUAAAGCACCAAGAGAAGACAACAGCCAGAGCACUGAGAGCACCUCAGCUAAUGUCUGCAUUCAGAUCUGUUGAUGAUGUUAGUGUGUGUGUAUGUAUAUAUAUAUAUAUAUAUAUAUAUAUAUAUAUAUAUAUAUUAGACGAGAUUACUGCAACGCACUCCUCUCAGGACUACCCAAAAAAGACAUCAAUCGAUUGCGACUCAUGCAGAAUGCAGCUGCUAGGAUCUUAACUAGGAAAAGAAAAUCCCAGCACAUCUCUCCAGUUUUUAUGUCACUACACUGGUUACCUGUGUCAUUUAGAAUUGACUUUAAAAUACUGCUUAUGGUUUACAAAGCCUUAAAUCAUCUCAGCUCCAUCCUAUAUCUCGGAAUGCCUUUCACCUUACACUCCAGAUCGUAACCUUAGAUCUUCAAAUGAACGUCUGCUUAGAAUUCCAAGAGCUAAACUUAAAAGAAGUGGCAAGGCGGCCUUCUGCUGUUAUGCACCUAAAAUCUGGAACAGUUUACCAAUAGAAAUUUGUUAGGGUAAUACGGUGGAGCACUUUAAAAAAACUGCUAAAAACCCAUUGCUUUAACAUGGCUUUUUCAUAGCUUCAUUUUAGUUUAACCCUGAUAUUCUGUAUAAACACAUUUAAUUAUCAUUUUUUUUUCAUGGCUCCAAAAUCCGUACUAACCCCUACUUUCUCUGCUGUUCUCUUUCUGGUUUUCUGUGGUGGCGACCUGCACCACCACCACCCAAUCAAAGCACCAUGCAGUCCUUACAUUGAUGGAGUGAAGGCCAGAGGUCCACAUGACCUUCAUUAUUUAAUUCUUCCACGUGAAGCCUGGAAACCAUGAGGACUGAUUGAGAUCAUUUAUGUUAGGUAGAAUGCCUAGAGGGGGCUGGGUGGUCUCAUGGCCUCAGAAACUCUGCGGAGUUUGUUUUUUUCUCCAGCCCUCAAGUUUUUUUUUUGUUGUUUUCUGUCCUCCCUGGUCAUCGGACCUUACUUUUUUCUUUGUUAAUUAGUAUUACCGAAUUUAUUUUUUCUUUAGACCCGGGUUUGCUUCCUGGGUCCUCCCUGCGUGGAGUUUGCUUGUUCUCCCCGUGUCUGCGUGGGUUUCCUCCGGGCGCUCCGGUUUCCUCCCACAGUCCAAAGACAUGCAGGUUAGGUGGAUUGGCGAUUCUAAAUUGGCCCUAGUGUGCUUGGUGUGUGUGUGUGUUUGUGUGUGUCCUGCGAUGGGUUGGCACCCUGCCUGGGAUUGGUUCCUGCCUUGCACCCUAUGUUGGCUGGGAUUGGCUCUGGCAGACCCCCAUGACCCUGUAAUUAGGAUAUAACGGGUUGGAAAAUGGAUGGAUGGAUGGAUUUUUUCUUUAUUCAUCCUGUAAAGCACUUUGAGCUACAUCAUUUGUAUGAAAGCAUGCUAAACAAAUAAAUGUUGUUGAUGUUUAUCACAGGUCUCCUGAGGAGCCUGAAUGUGAACUUGUAUGCUGAAAGCUUCCUUAAUACAAGUAAAGCAUCACAUAAUUCUU